AUGAUUCAGAGGGCAGAGGUGGUGCUCUCUGUAUUGGAGGAGCUGCAGGAAGCCACAGAAUGUGCAGGCCUUGAUAUCCUCACUAAGGUUGCUGUGGAAGUGGAGCAGGUUCUAGCCCCGUUCCAUCUUCCUACAGCACUCUGCACUGAGAUCUCCUCAUGGCUGGGCAUUGACUCUGCAGCUCAUAGACUCUACCCAGCAGAUGCACCAGCUGGCUUACUUCCUCUAGUUUGUAAAGGAGAGGGAAACUUGCUGUUUGAUGCUGCUAGCAUGCUUCUGGUGGGCUCUACCAGCCUGAGCUUGGAGCUGCAGGUAAGAACUGUGGUGGAGAUGCUGCUUUGGAAGCAAUACUACCUAUGUGGUAUGAUCGACUCGAAGGUGAUGCUGCAGGCAGCCAGGUUUUCCCUCUGUGCUGAGGAAUCUCAGGAUAUGCUCAAUCUUCCAAUUCAGGUGCUGGAGGCCAUCUUUGAUGCAGAUGUCAAAGCCUCCUGUUUCCCUGGCUCAUUUGCAAACAUGUGGCACGUGUAUGCGCUAGCUUCUGUCCUGCAGGGCAACAUUUAUUCUGUUUAUCCCAUGUACAAUUUAAAGAUUCGGCCCUAUUUCAAUCGACUAAUUCGCCCAAGGACAUGGUCAAAAGACACCGAGACCUUGACACUACACAUCAUGUGGUCAGGUGACCUGGAGGCAGGCUCUGUUUUUAAACCCCACAACUUCGUGGCCUUGAUUCAUGCAAGUGACAUCAAAAUCGGAAGCCCCAACAGCGAGCAGCGAAUGCCACCCAUCAAGUCCCAGGAGCUUCUAAGUCAGGAAUCCCAACUGACUUACUCCAGCCUUAAAGACAAAUUCAACAUCAAAAAGAGCACCUUUUACCGGUGGAAGAAGCAAAGUAUUGACUACCACAAGAAGUCAGUUGCCAGGUAUGAGGCCAAAUGUUUUUUCCUGACCUUCUACAAGCAAGGGAAACUCAUUCCCCUCGGCCAGUUUAAAGAGCUUUUCCCAGAAAUUCCAAGAUCCACAUACUAUGCAUGGAAACAAGAGCUUGUGUCUACUUGGAACAACUCUGGUGGCUCUACAGAGGAGCUGAGUCCUGGUGACAGCACUGAGCAGGACUACUGGUCAUCCCCAGAGGUCAAGAAAACACUAAGCCCUGGGAGGUAUGCCAGUUUGUUAGCAUUUAGGUGUGAGAAAUGGGAAGGUGACCGGGCUCAAAAUGUGGCCUUGAUGCAAGAGGCCAAGAAGAGCCUGCAGAACUGUAUUUUUACAAACACCUCAUUCCCCUACAGACUUUUUAAAAGAAGGUUUCCUGGUAUCUCUAGGUCGACAUACUACAACUGGAGGAGGGAAGCCAUGUUGUUCAGUCCUUUCAAAGAGCUCCAGGGUAGCAGUGAGGAAAGCUCAGAUGGUGAUAAAACCCAGAAUCCAAGAAGUUUGCUGUCCUCUGUUAAGUUAGAGAGACGGAAAUGUACACCUAGAGUGAGGAUCUACAGACGCAAGCAUGAAAGUCUGAGGCUGGCUUACCUCCAGAAGAAAAUAUUACGAGAAGAAGCCAGAAUGCAUGUCCAGAGGUCAAAGAUAUCCUUUUCCAAAUUCAAACUCAAAUUCCCUUCAGUUUCCUCCUCUUUCUACUGGCUAUGGAGUAAUUCUUUGAAUAGAAAAACUGAGAAGCCCAUCAUGAUGUCUGAGACAGUGAAAUCCCAUAGCCUGACUGUCUCACAAGAUGUCAUUGAGAAGAUAAAAACAAAAACAAAAAAAUCCUUUGAUGGAAACACUGAUUGCCUGAAUGGACAGACCUUUAGCCCCUCUGAAUUUACACAGCCUGAAUACUCUCUGCCCGACAAGUCCAGUAAUGAACAAAUGUUUGUGAUGGAUGUUGUGGCACUGGCCAAUUUCAAGGCUAAAGCAAAGCUGUUCUUGCAGCAACGUUUUGAAGAGAAGUCCUUUCCCACAUUUAAAGAGUUCAGGUCCCACUUUCCUCUUACUCCUCGCUCCACCUACUACAUGUGGAAAAGGGCUCUGCAUCAUGGGGUACCAUUAGUUCAUGCCUGA